AUGGAGCCCUGGCUGUCAUCACAUUUGAGUAGAGCUCUCAAUCGAGAUUCACCCGAAUCAUCGACCUUUCACUCGAAAACGAGCCUUGCGCAAUUGCCAUCUCUUCCGUCACUUGACGACCUCAAUCACAAAUCAAAGCUCCUGAAGCUGGGAAUUCCAGAUGAACAUUUGGAGGACGAUGUCGGCUCUAUUCUUUCAGACCUGAAGGCAACCAAAAAUGUAGAUCACUCUUUUGGCUCGGCCCAUGGCGAGUCGUACGUCGAGUUUGACCUCAGUCAUAUGAACCAGCUGGAGGAUGUCAUUAAAACCGUGCACAUUUCGUCUCCUCUGAAGCAAACACUAAAGGAGCCUGAGUCAGCAGUCACUGAGGUUGACCCCGUGAACCCCCUUCUUAAUAGAUCUCCUAGUAAACGUCGACAUAACUCCGCUGCUAGCGCAGAUUUUUUCUCUCCCGACGAGACAGGUUGGAAGACAAUGGAGAAAGUGACAAAGGAAAACUACUACGACGAACUUGGCAAUCUAGAAUUCGAACGUGACAAUGGAUUUGACACUUUCAAUGACAGAGUCAGAGGAUACACGAAGAUUGACACAGAGGAUCAACUUAAUAAGUACGCCGAACUUGACAAAAAGACCAAUUUCCUCUUUGAAAGUCAUAACAAGAAGGACUCUACGAAAGGUGAAAAGGAUAAAAUGGAUGAGGAAGCAAGCAGUGAUGAAGAAUUUGACAAGAUCGACGAGGCGUUGGACUCAGACGAAACCUUAGCUGGAACUAAGGGCAUGUUGAAGGAUUCCCAAACGUUUGCGUAUGUGGGCAUUGUCAAGCUCUUGACAGUGGAAAUGGCAACUGAUUUGGCUCUUCUAAACCAACGUACAAACACUGCAGUUGCUAAAAAGCUCGGAGCUAGCCAGAAAAAUUUCGCAAAUUGGACAAUGUACAUCAUGUCUAAGAUCAUUGAUCAUCUCCAAAUUAGCAAGGAAGAAGGUGUCAUGAUUGAGCAGCUCAGUAGACAUGGCUUGCAAGUCGAUGAUCUUGUGAAAAGCUUGCUCCUGACUGACAUUCGCAACGCUGCUUUGGAGAAGGCCAUUCCUGGUUUUGAUCUACGCUGGGUCCUCAUUUGUGAUUUAUUCUUGCUUCUCGUGAGUGACGGCUACUAUGAUAGUAGAUCUAGAUCCUUAUUGUUCAAAUUUGCUGAUCAGCUCAAUAUUUCUUCUCUCGAGGUCAGACAAUUCGAGCGAAGACUCAUUGAAUGCUUGGAAAUGGAUACCAGUAGCAAGACGAUAGAGAACAAGGAUGAAAAACUUAGAGAUCGUCUGUUUAUCGAAAAGCACAUCCAAAAAAACAGGAAGCGCCGCUUGGCAUACGUGGGUCUCGCAACCUUAGGUGGAUCAUUGGCCAUAGGUCUCUCUGCGGGCCUAUUAGCGCCAGUGAUUGGUGCGGGUUUGGCUGCUGGUCUUACAACUGUUGGUAUCACAGGAACUGGUGGUUUUCUUGCUGGUGUUGGAGGAAGUGUCGCUAUUACUACUGGUGGUGUUGCAAUUGGUGCAAAGGUUGGAAACAAGGCAGGUGCUAGAAGACUGGGAAAUGUGGAAACUUUCGAAAUGAAACCACUUCAUAACAAUAAGCGUUCCAACUUGAUUGUCACCGUCUCCGGUUGGAUGAAUGGUGAGAUGGAUGAUGUCAGACUUCCGUUCUCCACUGUCGACCCUGUCAUGGGAGAUAUGUUUUCUCUACUUUGGGAGCCCGAGAUGUUGAAGUCUAUGGGUCAAACAAUUGGCAUUCUUGCCUCUGAAGCCCUCAGUACUUCUAUCCAACAAAUCUUGGGUGCUACCUUAUUGACGGCCUUGAUGUCGGCUAUUCAGCUUCCGAUGGCACUUUCAAAGCUUUCUUAUUUGCUUGAUAAUCCCUGGAAUGUUUCUCUAGACCGUGCAUGGAAAGCUGGAAAGAUUCUAGCCGACACACUAAUCUCUGGCAAUUUGGGAGUGAGACCAGUCACGCUUGUGGGAUUUUCUUUGGGAUCCAGGCUCAUCUACUCUUGCCUUAUUGAAUUGGCAGCCCGUGGUGGCUUCGGCUUGAUAGAAAAUGUCAUUUUAUUGGGUAAUCCGAUGAGUGUUAAGUACGAACAGAUUACUCUUGCCAGAUCGGUUGUUAGCGGUCGAUUCGUGAAUGGUUACAUCCGCAACGACUGGAUCUUGGGAUAUUUGUUCCGUGCUACUGGCGGAGGGCUUCAAAGUGUUGCUGGUAUUUCACCCAUUGAGAAUAUUCCUGGUGUUGAAAAUUUUGAUUGCACGGAGUUUGUAGAUGGACACAUGUCGUACAGAAAAGCCAUUCCCUCUAUUUUGAAGGCUUUGGACUGGGAAGUGCUCAGUGAAGAGUUCUCGGAAAUUGAAGAGCCAGAUAUCGAACAGAGAGAGAGGCAAAGAAGGUUACUCAGUGAGUUCGAAGAGGCUAGAGCUAAAAUGGAGCAAGAAAGAGAACAGGAGAUGGUGAAAGAAAAGUCAUGGAAGAGUUGGUUCAGACCAAAGCAAAAGAAUUGGUGGGAUGUUAUUGAUGAAAAACCAAAGGAAACCGACGAUGAACGCAGAGGCGCAGCACCAGCUGCAGAAUUCGAAGAGUACAAUGUUCAGACUACAGGAACUCAGCGCACUCAUGAAGAAACAAAGCCUGAUAGUGUAUUUGAUGUUGGUGCAUUGAUGCAAGAAGUAAAGGACAUCGAGAAGCUUGGGGCUGAGAUUUCGCAUGAGCCACCCGCGGAAGCCAAAAAAGGUGAUUCCGAGCACUCGUGA